AUGCUAUUAUAAUAACAAAGAAAAAAAAUUCAACCUUCUUUUGUUGCUUUUUAUGAAUUUAAAAUUUAGGAAAUUUAAAGUUAUCCUUCCUAAAGAGUAGUCAUUACAGAAUAGAACAUAAAGAAUUAUGCAAAUUUGAGAAUUGGAACAUACAGUCCUAUUAGUUGUAAAAGUAGUAGAAUCAAAACUCAACCACAAGUAAAAAAAGAAAAAAUAAUUCCAUUUGAACAUGAUUAUAAUACUUUUUAUAGAACAGUGUCUAGCUAAAGAAAUCUUUUCAAUAUAAUAAGUGGAAAAAAAAAGUGA